GUCCCCAUUCGUGUCCCGGGUGUGUGACCCCCCCCAGGACAGCCCUGUCCCCAUUCAUGUCCCAGGUGUGUGACCCCCCCCAGGACAGCCCUGUCCCCAUUCAUGUCCCAGGUGUGUGACCCCCCCCAGGACAGCCCUGUCCCCCCGCUUGUGUCAGGUGUGUGACCCCCCCCAAGGACAGCCCUGUCCCCAUUCGUGUCCCAGGUGUGUGACCCCCCCCCAGGACAGCCCUGUCCCCAUUCGUGUCCCAGGUGUGUGACCCCCCCAAGGACAGCCCUGUCCCCUUUCGUGUCCCAGGUGUGUGACCCAUCCUGGUCCCCCUGCCAGGGACAGCCCUGUCCCCACCCUCGAUCCACUUGUGUCACCCCUCCCGCUGCCCCCCAGGGACCCUGUCCCCACUCUUGUCACAGAUGUGUGACACCCCCGCCCCCCUGACAGGGAACAGCCCCGUUUCCCGUGCUCGUCCCAGGCGUGUCACCCUGUCCCCACUCUUGUCUCAGGGGUGUGACCCCCUCGGCCCCCCUCAGGACCCUGUCCCUGUGCUUAUCCCGGGUGUUUGACCCCCCCAGGGACAGCCCUGUCCCCGCUCUCAUCCCAGAUGUGUGACCCCCCCCCCCUCAUUUCCCCCAACCUUUCAUCCCGGCCUUUCAUCUCUGGUCGUCCUGGCAACACCCCAAAGGGUCCCGGGGGUUGCCAUGGCACCCAGGGAUGCUCCAAGCCCAAGGCAAGGAUCCCCGAAGCCCCCUCCCAAAGUCCCACCCCACCCUCAGCGCCUCAGGGGUGCCCUGUGCCGGGGGGGUGGCAGUGCUGGGGGGUGACAGGGACAGGGGUGGCAGUGCCAGGGGGUGGGAGGUGCCCCCACCCCGGCUGUCCUCCGCGUUCCCCUCUCCCACAGCUGCGCCAUGGCCAUCAGGGAGGAGCUGUGCAGCGGCCGCUUCUGGCGGGGGGUGCUGGCAGAGGUGGCAGCGACCCUCAUCUUCGUGGGGGUGGUCCUGGGGGCUUCCGCAGCCCCGGGGCCACUGGCUCCGGCUCUGGCCGGGGGGUUGGCAGCCGGGGGGCUCGUCUGUACCCUCGGGGGGCCCCAGGCCAACCCUGCGCUGACGCUGGCGCUGCUGUGCACCCGCAAGACGAGCGCCCUGCGUGGGGCUGCGGGGGUCCUGGCCCAGUGCGCAGGGGCCACGCUGGCCUCUGCUGCUGCCCGCGCAGCACUGCCGGACGACACCGGCCUCGUCACCAGGGUGAGCGCGCUGGGGACGGCGGGGACGGCGCUGGCCUGGGAGACCUUUGCCACCUUCCAGCUGGCGCUGGCCGCCUUCGCCGCCGCUGAGCACGCGGCCCCGCAGGCCGGGCUGGCCCUGGGCAGCGCCGUGGCAGCCGGUGCCCUGGCUGCAGGACCAUUCUCCGGGGGCAGCAUGAACCCUGCGCGCUCACUGGGGCCAGCCAUCGUCACCGGUGUCUGGGAUGACCAUUGGGUGUACUGGCUGGGGCCGGUGCUGGGCGCCGUGCUGGCCGGGCUCUCCUACGAGUUCGUCCUGGCGCCCGGAGCCUCCCGGGAGAAGCUGGGUGCCUGCCUCGCCUGCCGGGACGUGGCUCUGGUGGAGACCCCCAGCCUGUCCCCUUCCUCAGUGGCCCACGACCCCUCGGCCUCCCCAGCUGAGCAGCGGGAACCGGGCACUGCCUGAGCCCCCCCGGACCCCCCACUCCACCCCAGCCCCCCGAUCCUCCACACCCUGACACCGGCUCCUCGCCACCGCCAGAACCUUCCGUGGGGCAUCCCACAGAUGGGGAGGGGGGUCCGUGUCCCUUCCCCUUUUACUGUCCUCUCCCCCCGUGGGUGGAUUAAAGGUGUGUUGGGGUCGCA